CCGGACGUUUCCUCUGGUGUUGAUGCAGCGGUUUUGACAUUUCAGUCCCGUUGGGAGUUGAGUGUUUUUUGGGGAAACAGACGGAGAGAAAGCUGCGACAGAAAGGGAAAGCCCCGGUAGAAAGAAGAACAACAGACCGUCCUGCAGGGAGCAGAGCCUUCGUCCCCCCAUCAUCAUCAUCAUCAUCAUCAUCAUCAUCCAUCAUCAUCAUCAUCAUCAUCAUCUAGUUUCUGCUGAGUCAUGGCGGGAGCUCUCAGUCAGUAGUCGGUAGUCAGACGUGCAGCGAGGCCAGUUUUCUUCUGAUGCUGCAGAGCCGAGCGCUUACAGGAACUCACAGAAAACCGCCCGAGAGGGAGGAAGGAAGGAAGGAAGGAACGGCGAGCGGCACGCUGAACAUGAAACGGCAGGAUGACUGAAGCUCAGUUCAUCAACGUCUACGACAACGAGCUGCAGAUGAAUUUGAUGCAGUACGACUACAUUCCUCCGGUGGACAUAAAGACUGAACCCUACAUACCUGAGACAGCUCAUGGUCCUUACAUUCAAAUCAUCGAGGAGCCCAAACAGAGGGGCUUUCGUUUCCGUUAUGAGUGCGAGGGCCCGUCCCACGGUGGGCUGCCAGGGGCCUCCAGCGAGAAGAACCGGAGAACCUACCCGACCGUGAAGAUUAAUAACUACGUGGGUCACGCCCGGGUUGAGGUCCAGCUGGUGACGCACUCGGACCCCCCACGCGUCCACGCUCACAGUCUGGUGGGACGCCACUGCACCGAGAACGGCACCUGUACCAUGGACGUGGGCCCCAACGACCUCACUGCCUCGUCAGUAACCAAUCACAUCGCUGCAUUCUCACUGACACUCAGACUCCUAUCGCUAUCUAUCUCCACGCCGCAAAACUAAAAUCUUCUGCUACGU